UCUCAAACCCAUAUUUUAUAUUCUCUCAUUCACUCAAACCCUCAAAACUCUCUCUCUCUCUCUCUCUCCAAACUAUAGCUAAGCUCGUUUGGUCCAGCUCCCUCCUCAACCAGCUGAUCAUCAGGCAGUAGUACCUGUCCAACAAGCUCAGUACAUCAAGUUUUGCCCAUAUUAUUCAUUCUCUGAUAUGAUGAAAUUGAUCGCACAUGCAAGAAGAUCAACACAAAGAGUACUCAUGCAACAGCAGCACCAUCAUCUUGAUGGCCGAUUUAUUAAGAACGUAAGACUGGUGGCUAGAAGGAACAAGAUCAGCCUUAGAUCACUGGGAAUGGGACUCCAAAGAUCAGUUUCCUACAAACAAAGGGUGCAACCUAUUCAGAGAUCAACAACGAAAGCCGAGAACAAAGGUCGUGAUGUCUCCACAAACUUGAGAACGCCGCCAUUCCAGAGUGACCUUAACACAAAUGAUCCCGUAAUAUCUUUGGAUUCAAGUUAUAAUUCUUGGGUGGCGGAGCACCCAUCUGCAUUAGACUCAUUUGACAGAAUGAUGAAAACCGCAAAGGGGAAGAGGAUUGUCGUGUUUUUAGAUUACGACGGGACGCUCUCUCCUAUUGUAGAUAAUCCCGAUCGUGCCUUAAUGUCUGAUGAGAUGCGCGCAGCGGUACGUGAAGUUGCAAAAUAUUUUCCAACAGCAAUAAUUACUGGUAGGAGCAGAGACAAGGUAACAGAAUUUGUAAAGUUGAGUAAUGUUUAUUAUGCUGGGAGCCAUGGAAUGGACAUAAUGGCCCCGCCAAGGCCAGUUAAGUCCGGUACUGCUGGCAAUGAUCACCAAACCAUAGCCCUCGAUCAUAGAAAGGAGAUCAGUACUAGUCAUGAAGUUCUUUUUCAACCUGCUAAGAAAUUCUUACCAGCAAUUCAAGAGAUAUUCACAAUGUUAGAAGAAAAGACAGAGAAAAUACAAGGUGUCAGGAUAGAGGAUAACAGCUUCUGCGUCUCUGUACAUUUUCGGCAGGUUCGAGAAGAGGAUUAUGGCAUCUUGGAAGAGAAGGUCAAGUCUGUAGUUAAAAAAUAUCCAGAGUUUCACCUAACUGAAGGCAAAAUGGUUUUGGAAGUAAGACCAUCCAUAGAAUGGAACAAAGGCCAUGCCCUGGAAUACUUACUCGACACUCUAGGGUUUAGCAACUCCAGUGAUGUCCUCCCUUUGUACAUUGGGGACGAUCGAAGUGAUGAAGAUGCUUUUAAGGUCAUUCGAAGUAGAGGACAAGGGUAUCCAAUCAUUGUGUCUUCAAUUCCAAAGGAUACGAAUGCUUUAUACUCUUUGCAAGACCCCUCGGAAGUACUAUCAUUCUUGUUAAGACUAGCAAGAUGGAAGAAAGCAUCUUUUUCGAGCAGAACACUUCAUGAAUAUGGUUUUUAGCUAAAUGAAACAGAUCAGAUCAUCGAUCGCGCGAGCUGGUAAUUAAGAUGUUGCAUGCAGCAAAUCAAGAAUUUUGGUUUUGUACAUGGCAAUUAUAUAUGUAA